CAAAACUCCCUCCUUCAUCUCUUCAUAUGCUCUCUGAAAGAAACAAAACCAAAAGCUCUUUCUCUUCUUCUGAAUACAAAUUUCCAUGGCUUCGACUUCUAAUUGUACUUCUAAAGCCCGAAUCUCUUAUCCUCUUUCUUCUUCCUCCUCCAUUAAAGAUUUGAGUUAUUCUUCGAAAGCAAUCUCGUUUCGAAACCGGCCCAAAAAUAGUGCUAGUAGAACAAGCAGUAAAAUACACUGUGCUCUGAAUUUGCCAUCCGUUCUCCAGUUCCCCAAUCCAGUGAUCCCCAAGGAGGAAACCUCCUUGAAAUCCGCUCCACAGAAGUGGAACCUCCUCCAGAAGGCGGCAGCUUCGGUGCUUGAUGUAGCGGAAAGUGCGUUGGUUUCUAUUGAACGUCAGCACCGGCUUCCAAAAACAGCUGAUCCACGAGUACAACUUUCCGGAAAUUUUGCCCCAGUCCCGGAACAACCGGUCUGCCACGCACUUCCUGUUACCGGUACUAUCCCUGCAUGCGUCAGCGGUGUUUAUCUACGCAACGGCGCUAACCCGUUGUUCAAGCCUGUGUUGGGUCACCAUUUGUUCGACGGAGAUGGCAUGGUCCAUGCGGUUACUCUUGACAACGGGGGGUCUGCGAGCUACGCCUGCCGUUUCACCGAAACGCAGAGACUGGUGCAAGAGAGAGAAUUGGGUCGGCCUAUUUUCCCGAAGGCAAUUGGUGAGCUCCAUGGAUACUCUGGAAUUGCUAGGCUCAUGUUGCUCUACAGCCGGGGACUGUGCGGUCUUCUCGACCACAAACUGGGCAUAGGAGUUGCUAACGCAGGGUUGGUUUAUUUCAACAACCACCUCCUCGCCAUGUCGGAGGAUGAUCUUCCUUAUCACGUUCGAAUAACUGAUUCCGGCGAUCUCGAGACUGUUGGUAGAUACGAUUUUGACGAUCAGCUUAAAUCCACGAUGAUUGCACAUCCGAAAGUUGAUCCAGAAUCCAAAGAACUCUUUGCUCUGAGCUACAACGUCCUGCAAAAGCCGUAUUUGAAGUAUUUCCGGGUUUCCUCCGAUGGAAAGAAGUCACAGGACGUGGAGAUUCCUCUUCCGGUACCCACCAUGAUGCACGAUUUCGCAAUCACCAAGAAUUUCGUGGUGAUCCCUGACCAGCAGGUAGUCUUCGAGUUCCAAAAUAUGAUUACCGGAGGCUCACCUGUAAUUUAUGACAGUGAGAAGAUUUCCCGGUUCGGGAUUCUCUCGAAAAAUGCGUGUAACGCCGACGAUGUAAUCUGGGUUGAAACACCGGAUACCUUCUGCUUUCACCUGUGGAAUGCUUGGGAGGAGCCGGAAUCCGAGGAGGUGGUGGUGAUUGGGUCUCGCAUGACACCAGCAGACUCCAUUUUCAACGAAUGUGAUGAGAAUUUAAAGAGUGUACUUUCCGAAAUCCGGCUCAAUUUAAAAACUGGAAAGUCCACCUGCCGCCCAAUUCUCUCCGAUUCCGAACAAGUGAACUUAGAAGCCGGGAUGGUGAACCGGAACCUGCUGGGAAGAAAAACCCGGUAUGCUUAUCUUGCUAUUGCGGAGCCCUGGCCCAAGGUUUCGGGCUUUGCGAAGGUAGACCUUUUUACAGGGGAGGUAACAAAGCAUAUUUACGGCAACAAUAGGUACGGCGGAGAGCCGUUUUUCUUACCCAGAGACGCCAAUUCCGAAAGCGAAGAUGAUGGAUACAUCCUGGUCUUCGUCCACGACGAGAAGACGUGGAAAUCGGAGCUUCAGAUAAUAAACGCCAUGACUUUGCAGGUCGAAGCUGCGGUUAAGUUACCGUCGAGGGUGCCGUACGGCUUCCAUGGAACGUUUGUGGAAGCUAAGGACUUAAUAAAUCAGGAAUAAUUUGGUGGACCAUCAUGCAUGUGCUCUGGGGUAGAAUUGUAGUUUUGUGAUUCAAUUCCUCAUUUUUAGGUAAAAUAAAUAAUUUAGUCGUCGGCGGUCGGCGGUCGGCGGUCGGUGGUCGGUGGUCGGUGGUCGGCGGUGCAGUAAAGUAGUAAAUUUUUGUGGGAUUAAAGAAUUUUACCAGCCACGGAGAUGUUUACCAGAGGGAUGGUUUUCGGCUAUAGCAGACAGGUCUCCGGCUCUCCUGAGCAACUUUUUGUGUUUUACUGUUAGGUACAGUUCUUUUUUUAAAAAAAAAAAUUUAAGGAGCUAGUAGUUGGUAAUUUGUUGUUUUUUUGUUAUUUAAGGACUGUUCAAUUUCUACUUGUAAAUUGCAGAUAUUUACUGUUAUACUGCAUAGAGUUGGUUGGUCCACUAGAGAAGUAAUAUAUAAUUCAAAUAUAAAUCAAUCAGCAUU